AUCAUCAUAUGCUCUUUUCUCAAGACAUGAACGAGCCAUGCCUCUCAUAUACUGCAGUAAAUCUCUCAUCUGACACUUCUCUACUUUUAGACAAGCAGAAUCUUGUCGUCAUUUUAAAUAAAUUGGCGUGAAUUUUAGGCAUGGUAUAUGGCAUCCCCUCGCUUGCGAUACCAUAUUCCUCUCACUGGCAACUGUGACAAAGCAAUUCUGCGCUAUAAUACUGCAGUUUUAUAAGCAGAGGCCGCAAUGUCUUGAGAUAGGCGCAUAGCAAGAUAUUGGAUAUAGAGUAGAAAUAAUGGCUCAGAUGGCAAAGUCAAUGAUAGAAGUGGAGAUCGGUGUGUCGGCUGAUAAAAUCUUCCAGGCGCUCAAGGCCACUUCACGGAGCGUACCGAAAUUAUCUCCGGACAAGAUACUUAAUGUCGAGGAGCAAGAUGGAUGCACCAAGAACUGGACUCUUUCUGUCGAUGGAAAAGUGGAAAAGAUGAAGGAGAGAGUGGAAGUGGACGACGAGAACAAGUCGAUGACAGUGUUCGUGUUCGAAGGAGAUGUGAUGGAGCACUACAGGAGCUUCAAAUGCAGCCUCCGGAUCAUUCCAAAGCUCCAUGGAAGCAUUGCCAGAUGGAGUUGGGAGUACGAGAAGCUGCAUUCGGAUUCUCCUGCUCCUAACAAAUAUAUGGAUUUCGCAGUGAAUCUCACCAAAGAUAUUGAGUCUAAUCUUAGAAACUAAGUGUUCCAUCUCUCACCAGACCAGUUGCUGUUUAUUACUCAAUCUGCUUCCUGUAACAACGACCACGUGCUAAUAUAUUUAUUUAUAUGAAUAAAAUCUUGAAUGAAUUGUUUUUCCC